AGAUUCCUUAGUAUUUGAGUUGUUAGUAUGGCCAUGAAUUGAGGACCACUGAAUUGUCAAACUUUCUCUCACAGAGAUUGUACGAUUGGAGAUGACUGAUAUAUUUUUCUAAUCAAAUGUGUGUUCUUUUGGCACUGAUUCUGUCAUACAGUUAUGUUUUAGCUUUGCCUCCAUGGAGAGUUUGGCAUUCCAACUAGCCAUUUGCAACAUGCACACUCAGUCCAAAGCCUGCUUGAGUUGUCAGCAGGUGGACAAGCAAUAUUUACUAUUGUAGUACAGAUGAAGCCUGAGCUGGAAGGUGAAGCUGGCUAGCUUUAUUUAAGCCUUAGUAGGUUUAUCUUGCAUUGCAGGCCUUCUGUUGUCCUGCCCCACCCACCUUCUACUGGGUGCAUUCCUUUUGUAAUCUGUCUGGACUCAUACAGUCUUAACUCCCUUAUUCCCGUAGUUCUCUCUCAAAUGCUGAGGCUCUGCCCUUUUCACUGUCUCGCUAACUCCCAUUUGAAUAUCUGGUUCAGCUCUCUUGGUCUCCUGCUGCAUACUGAUCAUUUGAUAUUAGUUGACUAGAAGUUUUUACUGUAUUGUGAAGGUGUAUUUUUAGGUACUGAUAGCCUAUGAUGUCAUAGGAGGUGAGGUCAACAGUCUUAUCUGGUGGAAUUCCAGAGUGUUGACCUCAGCUUCCUGUUUUAGUCCCAGUUUCCUGACUGUGUCUCCAGCUACUGGCGCGCACCUCCCCGCUCCAGCCAGUGGUGGACUCGCUCUAUUGGGGAUCGGUAAAAAUGUGGUCUGUGAAAAGGCUGCUACAGCUGUGGACGCAUUUAAGAUGGUGACUGCGGCACGGUACUACCCCCAGUUGCUGAGCAUCGUGGGCAAUGCCCUGCGCUUCCUCCCCGCGUUUGUAGCAAUGCGGAAGCUGCUGACGGAGGGAUAUGUGGGUGAGCUACAGGUGUGCGACGCCCGUGUCUAUGGCCCCAGUCUGCUCGACCAAUCUUACGGCUGGACCUGCGAGGAGCUGAUGGGAGGGGGCGGGCUCCACACGGUUGGCUCCGCCCUUGUGGACCUACUCAGCCACCUGGUAGGAACACGGGCUCAGAAGGUCCACGGCCUUCUCCGGACGUUCGUCCGGCAGAACGGAGCGAUCCGCGGGAUCCGCCGCGUCACCAGCGACGACUUCUGUUUCUUCCAGAUGCUGAUGGGAGGAACUGGUUCUGGCAGCACGGCCAGGACCGGGUCAGUAUGCUGCACCGUGACUCUGAACUUCAACAUGCCAGGGGCCUUCGUCCACGAGGUGAUGGUUGUCGGGUCUGAAGGGAGGCUCAUUGCCAGAGGGACAGAGCUUUAUGGGCAGCGGAACGGAGGGGACCGGGAGGAGCUGCUGCUAGGGGACACUGGAGGGGCAGGGCCAGAGGUCACGGGCCUCCCCUUGCCACACUUGCGGGGGCUUGGGUCCAUGGUAACAGCAUUGAAACAUGCCUUCCAGGCACAGAAGGAGCGUCGGUCGUGGGUGCCGGGGCCCAUUGCCAUGGCGGCGACGUUUGAGGACGGGCUGUACGUGCAGACGGUGGUGGAGGCGGUGAAACGGUCGAGUCGCAGUGGAGAGUGGGAAAGUGUGGAGGUCAUGACUCAGGAACCAGAUCCCAACCAAAACCUGUGUGAGGCACUGCAGAGGAACAAGGUUUGAGUACUGUUUUAUAUGCACACAUUAAUGUGAAUGACCUACACAACUUUAACUGUGGCUUGUCCUAAACACCCCCCUCCCAGCAUUAGUUUGUCUGACAGCCUGCUCUCUGCACACUCAAAGCCACAGCAUCCUCCCAUACAAAAAGUUAAAGCCAGGCCAACAGGUGAGGCCACUUACUGCUGGAGGGUUACUACUGUAUACUGCUUGUCAUCAGAAUACUUUUUUUGCCCAACCUACCCAUGUUUGAUUGCAGAAUGGAUUGAAUUAUGGUAUAACUUUUUCCGCAGUCCAUUUACCCAGCUUUUUUUCUAACCACUACAUCACUGUGCAUUAGUGGGUGUGCCUGAAAUCCAAACCUAGUCAACAUCAGCCACACAUUCCUGUGAAAUCAUUGAUUGUCUUGAAGAAAGUGUUGUGUAUUCAUGCUAUCAUUUCUCAUUGUGCUUCACUACUUCUGCUGAUUUAGCAUUGUUUACAUACAUGUCAUAUUAAACUAAGGAUAAUCUCAUACAUGGGUCAUACCCAUUUAAACCUACUUGGUUAUUUUAAAAAGUGACUAACUUCCUGAAUGUAAAUUAUUUUUAGGAGAAUGCAUAUCGUCAGGCUGUCUUCACCACAGAAUAUUUUCUAGUAAGAUAGUUAAGGGUGUUUCAAUCUAUCCUUUUCUUUAACAAUAAGAUUCUAAGAAUUCCUGAUCUCAUUGUUCAUAUCAGCAUUUCCUGCACUGACAAAAUGCUACCAAACACGCUGUGCUGUGUCUGGUAAGCCUGUGAAUAGAAUUUGUAUUUCCAUACUGUGGAAAAACUGUAUUUAUUCUUUUCUUUUUUUACUAAGAAAAUGUUUUUAUUUAAGGGAUAUGUGUUCAGCGAAUGGAAAUGUCUUAUAAGCUGUAAUAAGUUUGGAUAUUUAUAUUUAGCAUUUAAGUUUUAUUCGUUUAAGUAUUACUAGGUGUUAUCACUGUUACACACAAAUACCUGUGGUUUUAGUUUUCAGAGGAGAUGAUUGAGGCUGUGAAAACAUACUGCUCACUCAUGUUACUUCCCAAGUAAAUAAAUAUCUUACGGUAA